AUGUCUAUGAUAAAAGAGAAACGUGGAAUACAAAAGUGUAGAUUGUGUAGAAACCAUGGCAUUGAUGUCAUUCGUUUUGGUCAUUCUCCUUGUCAAUUUGAACAAGAUCAUCUGGAUUCGUUUGGUGAACCUUGCUUAGACUGCAAAAAUACAAAGGAAAGAAGGGAGAAGUCGGCAAGAGAAAUUCAGAGAAAACGAAAGUUUUCAUGUUUCCUUAACGAACAUUGUUCUUCUGAUGAAACUCACGGAAAACAAAGAAAGGAGAAGCAAUGCAGAAAAUGCCGAGUCCAUGGAGUUGUGUCUAAAUUUGGAAAGAAACAUCUUGAAAUUAAAUUCAUGCAACAAGUUCAAAUUCAUAGAAUGAUUAAAACUUGGAUUGAAGAAGUUUUCUGGCUGUCAUCUUGA